GUGGGCGCUUGUUGGCGACUUGUCGCCAUCACUGUGAGGGGUUGCGUCGCAUCGCAUCGGAUCGGAUCGGAUCGGAUCGGGACGGUCGAGCCGCCUGCCUACCUGCCUCAGGAGCGCGGGGUGGGGGUCACCAGAAGCCACUGGACUCCGUCUACUAACCUCCAAGGGCUUGUUCGGAGCCCAGUUCGUCCCCCACCCCUCCGACUCCGUUUCUCUCUCCGCCCCUGCUCCUUGUUGUUUCAUUUUCGCCAUUUUCCAGACUGGUCACGAUGCAGAGGUCGCCAUGAUGAAGAUUGAAGUCAGGCCCAGUAACGCGAUGCGCUGUGGAAAAUCGGUUGGCACAACCAGCCCGGUCGUUCCCAUUGAGCUGUCGGAAGCUGAUGCUGGAAAAUCCAGAUAUGGAAAAGAAAUCUGCACGAUCCGCCUCGGCAGGGCCCAGCAAGGCGCCGCCCCCGGACAGUAAAACCAAACAAGAUGGUAAAUGUGGAAAUGGAUCAAAACGCUACAACAGAAAACGAGACACGACUUUUCCCAAAAAUGAAAAUGUAUGCAACCAGACCAGGCGCUCCAUUCCACAGAAAAGCAAAGCUUUUGACAAGAGACCCCCUGCACGUGGUGCCAACAAAUCCUUUAGCACUUUUGGUAAUGGUGGUAGACGGGAGGAGGUAGCAGAGGUGCAAAGGGCAGAGUUCAGCCCUGCCCAGUUUACUGGUCCUAAGAAGAUAAGCCUAAACCACUUGUUAAAUUUUACAUUUGAACCUCGUGGCCAGUCAGGAUCACAUUAUGAUGGCAGUUGUCACGGACGCUGGGGUAAAAGGAACAGGUGGGGACAUAAACACAAGCCAUUCAACAAGGAGCAGUUUCUGCAAGCCAACUGUCAGUUUGUGGUUUCCGAGGAGCAGGACUACAGUAUUCACUUUGCUGACCCAGAUACAUUGGUGAACUGGGACUUUGUACAGCAAGUGCGUAUAUGUAGUCAUGAAGUCCCCUCGUGCCCAAUCUGUUUGUAUCCACCCUCUGCUGCAAAGAUUACUCGCUGUGGGCACAUCUACUGUUGGGCAUGUAUUCUUCAUUAUCUAUCCCUGAGUGAUAAGACCUGGGGCACAUGCCCUAUCUGUUAUGAAGCUGUCCAUAAGAAAGACCUAAAGAGUGUGAUUGCCCUGGAAACUCGGCAGUAUAAUGUGGACGAUACGAUGACCAUGCAGUUGAUGCGUAGGGAGAAAGGUACUCUGAUGGCUUUACCCAAAUCCAUGUGGAUGAGAAUUGAACCAAUUCACUUGGGAGUGGAUGAAGAACACCGCCAGUAUUCAAAAUUGCUUCUGGCUUCAAAGCAGCAAGUUAUGCAGCAUGUGAUAGAAAAAGAGAGAGCAGCUCUACUGAGAGAGUAUGAGGAGGAAAAGAAUACACCUGAAUCUUGCUUCAUUGAACUGGCCUUGCAAGAAUUAAAGAAUCGUGAGCAAGAGUUGCUGGGACCUCCAGAGAAGGAUGUUCUUGACACAAUGUUUAAACUUGAGGAACUGACCAUUGAUUCAGACCCUGUGGCAGAGAUUGAACAUAAUACAUCCGCAGGCGACAAGAACCAUCAUGUAUUGGCCUACGCAUCUGCAUUUGAUGAAAUUAUUGAUGAACCACAAGAAGAGGCCAUUGCCAUGUGCUGCACUGCCUUGAAUGAAUCGGUCACUCUUUCAGAAUCAGUGGAUGAUUGUGAAGUAACAGAAGGAGCUUGCGGUGAGACUGAAUGUGGACAAGAUGAAUCAGAACUUUCAGCUGAUGCUAUCAAAGGAAGAUUGUCAACAAACUACUACUAUUAUUUCUACCAGGCGGAGGAUGGACAAUAUAUGUUUCUGAGCCCAGUGAACGUGCGAUGCCUGGUGCGGGAGUAUGGUAGUCUGGAGAACUGUCCUGAACAGAUCACUGCUUCAGUAGUCGAGAUUGUGGGGCAUUCAGUGACAGAGGAUGUACGACACAGACACCGUUAUUUGUGUCAUCUGCCAUUGACCUGUGAGUUUAGUAUUUGUGAGCUGGCCCUGACACCACCUGUGAUUUCGAAAGAAACGUUGGAUGCUUUUGCAGUUGAUCUGGACAGAAGGAAAUGUCUUCGCUUGAAGAAAGCUCGGGAUGAGCGUCGAAGGGAACGUAGGAUUGAAAUGGAAGAAAAUGAAAAGCAAGGCAAAUAUCUAGAAGUACAAAUUGGACUGGAAAACUACCAGCAAUUCCCAGCAUUUGGCGCAACAGAAAGUGGGCAAUUUAUUGUUUCCUUUGCCAGCUCUGAUGGUGACUCUCUGCCUUCAAACAGUCUUUCAGCCAGCACAGCAACCCUUAGCAGCAGUCCUAAUUCACUGCCAGAAUCAACAUUGAAUCCAUCAGCCCCUGCAUUUAAUCCUGGAAGUCCUUCUCUGUGUGUUGGUAGCAUGGAGGAUGAUGUUCACUUUCCUUCAUUUGCUCAGAUGCUGAAGGAUGGGAAGGCAAAAGCAGACGUGUGGUCCAAAGUAUCUCCAAGAAAAGCAGAAACAAGUUUGAUGCCUCCAGCAGAUAGUGACGGAGAGAGUGAUAUCUCGGACCGUGUACCUGUACCCAGCUUUCAGAAUUCCUUCAGUCAGGCUAUGGAAGCAGCCUUCCUCAAGCUUGAUAAUGUUCCAGUCCCAGAGCUUUGUGCAGAAGAGAAGAAUGGGAAGAAGAAGAAAAAAAAGCAGAAGCUUCUCUUCAGCACUUCAGUAGUUCAUACAAAGUAACGUAGACAGCCAUUGCCCAUCCAAGCGCCACAGUCAGCCUCUGCCCAUAUUUACAUAAGCUACUGUCUGGGUGAGAGUGUUUUGUUUUUAAUUUGCUGCUGUAGUUUCAGAUACUCAAUCUUGGUUGUUUUAUUUUAGUUGUAUUUCAAAUCCAUAAGAGAUUGGAAAGGGGAUUUUGGUUGAGUGGUUUGUAAAUGACUGUUUGCCUCCUGUUUAUGAUGUAUACAAAUUUAUUACAGUUGUAAAUCAAGCCCCAUAACCAAUUCAUGCAUUCGGAUUACCCUGGAUUUUUUUUUUUAAUAAAGAAAACUCCAGUAAAACCCAAGCUUAAUCUGCCACGGUGUGUAGAAUUUCACUGGAGAAUGAAACAAUUGCAUAGCAUUGUUGGCCAUUGUAGAAAUAUUUGACAUGUAAUUUCUUAGCGCAUCGCAAAAUUAGUUGACGGUGUCCUCUCCCCAUUGCUGAACAAUAUUGCAGUUUUACAAAGUAUCCUUCCGCCUGUUUCCAAAGCGCUCCUAAUCGGUCGUAUUCAGAAUAUAGAAUUAGUAGCAGUGAGUUCCUCACCCCGUUCUGUUCGGUGGUAAAACUUAGCGGCUGGACUUCCCCUUUUUGCUUUUGAAGAUUUUACUUAGAAAAGUGGUGUAUCAUUUUAAGAAAGUGGAUGCAAAGCGUCUAAUGAAGUGUUGUGUUCAGCUUUGUUACUUUUACCCUUCACUUUACUUUAAUGCAGCAGCAGAGUAACAGGUACAAUAAAAGACUAUUGUGCACCAUGUUGUGGAUUUGUCUUAAACUAAAUGGAAGCCUUUGAUCAAAUGACUGUCCAUGCAAUUGUAAUCUGCUUAACAUUUACUGCCACCACAAUGAAUGACCAGGUUUCUCUCCAACAUGAUGUAGGAAGGAACUGCAGAUGUUGGUUUACACCAAAGAAUGCUGGAGUAACUCAGCGGGCAGGGCAGCAUCUCUGGAGAAAAGGAAUGGGUGACGUUUUAGGUCGAGACCUUUCUUCAGAUUGAAUCUGAAGAAGGGUCUCGACCCGAAACGUCACCAGUUUCUUCUCCAGAGAUGCUGCCUGACCCGUUGAAUUACUCCUGCACUUUGUGUCUAUCUAAUGUACCUCAUGAUGGGCAUGUAAGAAACUAGGAUUUAAUGCUUUAUAUUCUUUAAUAUCUAAACUAGCAGGAGACAAGCUAAAUACUCCCAACCCCACCCCCACUACAUCUGCACUCAGCAACUGAACUUAAUUAAAUAUGUGCAUUUCUAUAUAUUAAAACAAAAUUUGGCUUGGUGAUUAAAGUAGUUUCUUCCAAAAGCCAGUAUAUACAUUUUCUCAUUGCAAUGAGAACUAUUUGUUAACAUUGGGAGUGAAAGGACAAUUUAUCUGCUCUAGAAUACAGUGCACAUUAUUGGUCAGACCAGCAUUAAAAAUUUGUGCUGUAAGCACCUUCAUAUUUGUCUAGCCAUGUCUUAUUUAAUGGGGAAAGUAGCUAACCUGGUGGACUGUUGCAUUCUAUGUUGGACCUGACCGUGGGUAAUGAAAUGAGCAUUUCCCCACUGCCAGGCUGUGUCUGACUUCUGAUCCAUGUCUGGUGCUUUUAGUUGUGGGUCUGUAAUGCAAUCGUGUUUAAAACAUUAUAAAUUAAAAUGUGACUAAAUUUGGUGCAAAUAAUGGAAAUGAGUUGCUUUUGAUUUGAAAUGUAUGAAAACAAGAUGGGGACGUUUCCUAUACCAGGUGUGGACUUUGGACAAUUAAUUAUUUGGUUUGUAUUUCAUUUUUUGACCUAUAUGUACAUCUGCAAUAAACAUCCAUUUGGUUC